UGUGCAUUUAGUAAAGAACCAUUUGUGCACUAACAUUUAAUCUUCCUUGUUAGUCUUGCAAAGCUGUCUGUUCAUGCAGGAACUAUUUCGGGCACACCCUGAACGCACCAUUCCAGUAAAUGUGGCGACCUAAGGACAAGUGAAAGAGAAAGUGUGCAGAGGGUUUUAUCUCAGAGGAGGCAGAGACAUUUGUUCGUGUGUGUCGAAAAAAUGCAGAAUUUCCAACAGUCUGCGGGAAUGUCUUGAAAAGUGAGAAUCUUACAACUCGAGCUGACUACAGUUUACAAGUGGACUGAUGAAAUCGUUGUAAAGAAAUCAAAAUGAUGAGUUUUUGGAAAAACAAGUCCCCUCCAGCUAAGUACCAUGGCUUAUUAAACCAAGGAGCAACCUGCUACCUGAACAGUGUGCUGCAGGUGUUGUUUAUGACUGAAGACUUCAGAGCAGCUGUGGAAAGGGACACCUCUGAAAAUCCUGACCAUGACUGUAUUGAUCGACAUCUUACAUCCUUGUUUGCUGAUUUAAAAGAACGAGAAGCGUACACUUAUAAAAUCACACAGAAGCUGGGCAUCACCAGAGUGUAUGAACAACAGGAUGCUGCUGAGUACUUUGAGAAGAUUUUAAGACUGACCAGGUCUGGAGCAUCAGAGAUCUUUUGUGGAUGGUUGACCCAUAAGACCAUCUGUGCUGGAUGUUCUACAGAGGCUGAAUCUGAUGCGGCAUUUUGGCAUCUUCCUCUUGCAUUGGUGGAUUCGAACAGCGACUACAGUGUGGUGGACGGCAUUAAGGACUAUUUCAGAUCGUCAGAGUUCAGCGGAGACAACCAGAUGUACUGUGACCAGUGUGAUGACAAAUCUGAUGCUACUAUUAAAUGUGUGAUAAAACGUCAUCCAGAGGUCUUGAUGCUGCUGUUGAAGAGGUUUGAGUUUAACUACAGUUACAUGUCAUACGUCAAAAUCAACCGUACUGUGGAGGUCCCCUUCACUCUUCAGAUACCAGAGAAUCAGACAUAUGAACUGUAUGCUGUUGUGGAUCAUUUUGGAGAUCUUAGAGGUGGACAUUACACUGCAACGAUCAAGGAUGAUGAGGGAUGGUACACGUUCAAUGAUACCACGGUCACAUUGAAUGAAUAUCAGCCAUUCCAGGUGGAUAACUUUGAAAGAUCCAGCAGUGCAUAUCUCCUUUUUUACAGGAAAAUGAAUGCUUUUUGCCUGCUGCAGAUGCUGAAGACAACAUGGAGACAUCUACUUCUGAAGUCAUCCUGCCUGCUACCAUCUACGACCAGUGUCAAGAUGGAGGGAUGAGAAUGAGAAUGAGAGAGGAGGAAGAAGAGGAGGGUAAUGUCCCUAUGGUGACAAUGAAAGACACUGUUGGGUCUACAGAAGUGGGGAUACCACCUGAUCUCUGUGAUACUGAAAAUAAUCAGGACACCAAGUCAUACAAUCAUCAUG